AUAGUGUCGCCCAUCCGAAGCAUGAUGUCCCUUCGGUUCCUCCAUAUAAUACUGGUAGUCCAGCUCACUUUGGGGCUCAACGGUCCAAUGUCUUGAGAAACGUGGAGUAUGCCUCAUUUUCCUAGCUCUUAGUUUCCAUUCCAUUCUUUUGUCGGCUUUGGCUCGUUCAAGCUCAGAUGCGUGAUCAUGGUUCUGUCAUCUUUUGACUGGGUCAUGCACGCAUGCUUCCGUUUUACAUUUUCAUAAUGAGCAUGCGCGUGCAGGUUACCAUCACUGUACUUUGCUCCCACAUCCUCCCUCCAUAGCUGCGACAAAAAGUGCCAUGUGCUUUCUUCCGGUCAAGUCACUAAUUCCUGCUGGCAGAAACAGCGAACCCCGCACGGCUGUCCCAAGUCCUGGUCACUGUUAUGAUUGUACAGGGGGGUCUUCCGCCAGCAUGGCCGCGGAGAAGCGUCAGAUACAACAACCCCAAAGGCAGAGUACGACGAGUAUGCCUUCUGGAUUUGAAAGACUGCUUCACCAUUCGCCUACGCCGUCCCCUCCCCCGCGGCGACCGUCCUCAACCUCACGAUAUCACCUUCACAUCAGACAGCAGCCUUUGGCUGCGCGAGCUUGUGGCGCGGGUGAUAGAGACCGACGGCCUAUCGACCCACCUCCCAUCAUCCAAAUGCUUCUGACAGACUUCGAUCCGAAAUCCUCUGACGACAACGACAUCCUCCAAGAUCCGCGAUUUACUGUGGGCUGUUUUCUCAUCCCCGAACCCGGAUUCUCUCAAUCAGACGUGAACGCCGACGGUACGGGUAGAGCGGAUGAAUUGAGCCAGGGACAGUCUACUCCUCUGCUAUCCGGGAAAGCUUUCGUGUCACCUUUCUAUGUCGAUGAAGAUCCGGACCCCAGCACAGCGCCAACCCAUCCAUCCUCGUCGGGCUACUACGCACCCGAAACGGGCGCAUACCUGCCACCGACCACUUACCACGGCACCCCCCACACCCCGGGACAGCCUGCUACGUUCUACAUCUUCUCCGACCUUUCUGUCCGUACAGCUGGACUGUACCGCCUCCAAUUUCGUCUGAUGAACUGGGGUCAUGUGGAAGACACUGGCAAGUCGAUGCCGAUCCUUGCCGAGGCUUGGACGAAUCCUUUCCGCGUGUUCCCGGCCAAGGACUUUCCUGGAAUGAGGGAUUCGUCCCUUUUGACAGAAGGAUUGAAGGAGCUUGGGUUUGUGGAAUUGAAGACGCGGGGGAAAGGGAAAGGGAAGGGUCGAAGGAGGUGAUAGGUCGAACGCUCCAAAGUGCUUCUGUCCGCAGCUUGGGGGAAAUUAUGACAAGGGUUUUUUGACCGCGUUGUGCUGGAAAAGGAGAAAAGUAGAGAACUUUUCGAUUUUCCCCACCCCCCAGAUAAUGUUCCGUGUUUUAUAUCUCUCUUUCAAUUUUCCUUUUUUUUCUUCUUCUACGAUAUGAUGAAUGAUUCUGGUGGGAGGAGUGACAUUACGCAGAGAGCGAUCAUAGGUAUGCAGUCGCGCUACGACGAGCACAGGGGUGGCGUUACGAUGGAUACUAGGUAG